AAUGAGGGAGUUGUUCAGAAGACAUUUGCAGCAGCUUCACAUUUAUCCUGAGAGCUGAUGCAUGAUCAUUUAACCAGUAUAUGGCGUUCGUUUUCCUGAUUUUCUGUGGUCAUUAUGUCGACUCGGAGGGAAAGUACUGGAUGUGUUCUUGUAUAAUGCUUGAAACAGAAAUAACUGUAUCUCGCUGAACUGCUGCAUGAUGUUGAGAUUUUUGGAUGGAUCAUCUUUUGGCUCUUUUCAUUUGGAUCCCACUAGCCAAGAUGUCACUCUUCCUCUGCUUAGGAGACCAGACCCUGGAUCAUACUGACUGCUGACAGCCAAACAAGAGCUCUGUGGUAUUUGCGCAUUUGCGUCUUUCCCGAGCUCUGGAAUGUCUAGCUGCUCCGGGUGCAGUUUCUCAAAGCUGAUGAAAGCUGGAGCUGAGAGCUCUUACUACGUUGGAGUAGAGGAAGCCAGUGGCCCCAUCCAGUCAAGCCACAGCCACUCUCUGUUGGUCUGCUGCUGAUAAGUCUCACGGCCUGUUUCUUUUCAGUCCAGUAAUGCUGCUUCUCUGAAGCCAUCCUUUUAAGUCUGUUUUUUUUUAUUUUCAGUUCUGGAGUUUUUUGGUCUGGUUGUGACUCCUAUCCAUGCCUGUAAUUACUCUUCAGGUCAAGGGCUGGAAUGUCUUGAGUCCACCCCCUGAGCUGUGUGACGGAGGUGCAGCCAGCGCUGAUGGGAGCUGCUGCUCCAUCAUGAGUUGCCAUGACGCUGGAGGGCGUCGCCGUUUUGAGGACUCUGAGUUCACCCUGCGUGUGUACCCGGGCGCCCUGUCCGAGGGCACCAUCUAUUGCCCGGUCACCGCCCGCAAGGUCACCUCUGCAGCUGAGGUCAUAGAGCAGGUGAUCGAGCGCUUGCGGCUGGACCGCGCCCGGCUCUACGUCCUUGCGGAGGUGAAGGAGUUUGGCGGGGAAGAAUGGAUCCUGAACCCAGGCGACUGUCCCGUGCAGCGAAUGAUGCUGUGGCCUCGCAUGGCCCUGGAGAACCGUCUAGGCAGCGAGGAUUACCGCUUCCUUUUGCGAGAGAAGAACCUGGAUGGCUCCAUCCACUAUGGCAGUCUGCAGAUGUGGCUGCGGGUAACGGAGGAGAGGAGGCGGCUUGUGGAACGUGGGCUCCUCCCACAGCCCCCUGCUGGACAGUACACUGCAGACCUUUGUGCCUUGCCGGACCUGAACGAACGAACAUUACUCGAAAACCUUCGCGGACGUUUCAGGCAGGAGAAGAUCUACACCUAUGUGGGUGGGAUUCUAAUAGUUGUCAAUCCCUUUAAGUUCCUGCCCAUCUAUAAUCCCAAGUAUGUCAAAAUGUAUGACAACCACCAGCUGGGGAAGCUGGAGCCACAUAUUUAUGCUGUGGCAGAUGUGGCGUACCAUGCCAUGCUGCAGAGGAGGAGGAAUCAGUGUAUUGUGAUAUCUGGAGAGAGCGGGUCGGGGAAGACCCAAAGUACCAAUUUCCUGAUCCAUCACCUUACUGCCCUCAGCCAGAAAGGCUUCGCCAGUGGAGUGGAGCAGAUCAUACUUGGGGCUGGGCCAGUCCUAGAGGCAUUUGGGAACGCCAAAACAGCCCACAACAACAACUCCAGCCGCUUCGGCAAGUUCAUCCAAGUCAACUAUCAAGAGAGUGGCGCAGUGAGAGGGGCAUAUGUUGAGAAGUAUCUGCUAGAGAAGUCUAGACUGGUCUAUCAAGAGCACAAUGAGAGAAACUACCAUGUGUUUUAUUACCUUUUGGCGGGAGCAAGCGAGGAAGAGAGAAAAGCCUUCCACCUGCUCCAACCAGAGGAAUACCAUUACCUCAAUCAGAUGACAAAGAAAGCCCACAGACCACACUGGGAAAAUUACUAUGAGAGCGAGCUGGACUGUUUCACUGUUGAAGGAGAGGAUCUUAAGCAUGACUUUGAGAGACUUCAGCUGGCCAUGGAGAUGGUGGGCUUCCUGCCAGCCACCCGUAAACAAAUCUUCUCUCUGCUCUCUGCCAUUCUGCUCCUGGGGAAUAUACGUUAUAAGAAGAAGGCAUACCGGGAUGACUCCAUUGAUAUUUGUAACCCUGAGGUGCUUCCUACCAUUUCUGAACUGCUUGAGGUGAAGGAAGAGAUGCUCUUUGAAGCCCUGACCACGCGGAAGACCGUGACAGUGGGAGAGCGACUUAUUGUACCAUAUAAACUUGCUGAGGCUGGGACAGUGAGAGACUCUAUGGCUAAAUCUCUCUAUGGUGCUCUCUUCGACUGGAUAGUCUUCCGCACCAACCACGCGCUUCUCAACAACAAAGACCUGGAGGACUCUGCCAAGCUGGCGAGUCAUGCCCAGUGGGUAUCCAGUGGAUUAGACCAUUGCUCCUCCCCUAUCCUAUCCAUUGGAGUCCUAGAUAUCUUUGGGUUUGAGGACUAUGAGAACAACAGCUUUGAGCAGUUCUGCAUCAAUUUUGCCAAUGAGAGACUGCAGCACUACUUUAACCAACACAUCUUCAAACUCGAGCAGGAGGAGUACCGUGCGGAAGGCAUCAGCUGGCAUAUGAUUGACUACAUUGACAAUACAAGCUGCAUUAACCUCAUUAGCAAGAAACCCACAGCACUGCUUCAUCUACUAGACGAGGAGUGCAACUUCCCCCAGGCAACUAACCAGACCCUGCUGGAUAAGUUUAAGAGGCAGCACGAGGGGAAUAGCUACAUUGAGUUCCCUGCAGUAAUGGAGCCAGCUUUCAUCAUACAUCACUAUGCUGGCAAGGUCAAAUACAGUGUCAAGGACUUCAGGGAGAAAAACACAGACCACAUGCGUCCGGACAUCGUGGCUCUGCUGAAGAGCAGUAAAAGCGCCUUUAUCUGCGGCCUGAUGGGAAUCAACCCUGUGGCCACUUUCCGCUGGGCCGUGCUCAGAGCAUACUUUAGAGCAGUGGUGGCAUUUAAAGGAGCUGGCAAACAACACAGGGAGAAGAAGAGUGGUUCCGAUUCUGCAGUGCAGUGUACAGUCAUUAAAAGUGUGGAUAGCUUUAGUUUCCUGCAUCACCCAGUGCACCAAAGAAGCCUUGAGAUCCUUCAGAGAUGCAAAGAUGACAAAUACAAUUCCUGCAUCACACGGAAGAACCCACGCAGCCCUCUCUCAGACUUACAAGGCACAAACGCUAUCAAUGAGAAAUCAACCAGAGAUGGGUUCUCUGGUUGUAAUGGCCGUAGCUCUAGGCCUGGUCGUAUGUCCUCAACUGGUUUCUCUCAUGAAGACGAUGGUAUAUUUGUCAAUGCUAUGAGCAGCAAGUUGCUGGAAAGAGCUCAGGGCAUUCUGAUGCGAAAUAAGAACUACAAGGCCAAGCUUUGCCUGCCCAAGCACUUGUUAGAUGUGAAAUCCCUGAAGUACCUGAGCAGCUUGACACUUCAUGACCGCAUCACCAAAUCUCUCCUCCAUCUGCACAAGAAGAAGAAGCCUCCCAGCAUCAGCGCACAGUUUCAGGCCUCCCUCAACAAACUGAUGGAAACCCUGGGCCAGUCAGAGCCCUACUUUGUGAAAUGCAUCCGCUCAAAUGCUGAGAAGCUUCCUCUACGCUUCAGUGAUGUGUUGGUAUUGAGGCAGCUGCGAUACACUGGUAUGCUGGAGACAGUGAGAAUACGCCAAUCUGGAUACAGCGUCAAAUACGUCUUUAAGGACUUUGCCCAUCAUUUCCAUGUGCUGUUGCCAGAUGGCAUUGGUGCGAGUCAGGCUAGCAUUCAAGACUUCCUGCAGAGACUCGACCUUGACCCAGAUGGUUAUCAAGUGGGCAAAUCCAUGGUGUUUUUGCGGGAGGCACAGAGGCAAAGGCUACAGGACCUGCUCCAUCAGGAGGUGCUGAGGAGGAUUGUGGCUCUGCAGAGGAGGUUUAGAGCUCUGUUAGAGAGGCAACUCUUCGUCAACCAGAGACGUGCUGCAUGUGUCAUACAGCACUGGUGGCGUGAGUGUAUGUUAACUCACAGUAGAGAGAGAGCUGGUGUCACUGAGCUCCAGCAUGGUGCAGCUGUGUGCCUGCAGGCAGCUUGGCGAGGCUACAGGGAAAGAAGACUGUAUCUCCUGCAGAGGGAUGCGGUUCUGCUGCUUCAGAGAGGAUGGAGGCGGUGUAUGCAGCGGAGACAGCGAGCCGCAGGCCUUAUUCAGGCAACAUGGAGAGCACACAGACAAAGGCUGAGAUACCUGCAGCUGUGCAGAGCCAUCGUAAUACUGCAGGCUGCCUGUAGGGGGCACCAGGCUCGCCAGAGGUGUAGCCUCUUGAGAGAAGAAAAAAAACACACUAAUGAGGACAAUGAAGAGCAAAAUACUGCAACAGAAAGUUUACAUAACCUCCCAAACCUUACUGAUGCCCAGAGAACUGACCUAGACUUAAAAGCACUUCAGGAAAACUCAGAGAUGUCACAGGAGGAGCAGACAGUGGAGGUCACUGAGAGUCUACUGUCAGAACAUUCCAGAGCUCUAGAUGAUAGCACUCUUAAGAGCCGAGCCAAACGGGAGAGCAGAAGGAAGAGAGAGCUGGAACAGGCUACAUUUAGUCUGGAACUGCUGAAGGUACGGUCCAAUAAUAUUCCUCUCUCUGACCAACCAGUGGCCUCCAUUGAAAACACAGCAUCUUUGAAGGCUCCACCCCUCCACUCCUCUCCUCAAAGUUCCCUAGACAGCCAUGGCAGUUUUGAGCUCCUUAACGUGGAUGACGUGGAGCUAGAGGAAACGGACAUUCACCAUCAUCCUGAUCCAUCCCUUGAAGAUCAGUCCAUACCAAUGGAGGUGAAUAAGAGUGAAUCAGAAUCAGAGAAGGCACCAGUAAGAAAGCUAGAACUGUCCAGUCCAGUUCAUUCAGGUCAAACAACCUCAAAGCCUCUGUUCUAUAUAUCAGAUGAGGGAAGUAGCCCUGUCUGUCCCAAGACACAGACAUCAUCUAGGCCAAAACCUGGCAGAGAUAGAAAGGAGUCUGUAGUGGUCCUCAUCAGCAUGCAGAAGGAGAGUCCUAUAGACCAGAGCAGCCUGGAAGCCAUGGAGAGGCUGGAGCAAGAGUGCAGGCCAAGCACAGCCCAUCACAAGAGCAUUUCCCCAGGCAUUCAACUUGGAGAGGCUCUUUCAAAUCGUUCUACUGGCCCGCCAUCUCAGGCACCACUGGACCACGUCUCAAUCUCAUCUGGCGCAGCUACCCUGGUGGGAGGAGGUGCAGGACAAGACAUCACCUCAGAAUCCAGAACAGAAGAGAGCCUGGCCAAAAUACAAGCUCAGAAGAAGGCAGUCACUCACAGUAUCAGUAUCAGCAUGAAGGAAAAAGCCACUAGCCUGGCCUUCUCACCCAAGCGCAGCAGGCUGACCUUCUCCAAGUCCGAUAAAGAUCUGGCGAAUCAGGAGCGCUCUAUGGCCUUGCAGAGAGAGAGAACAUCAGGUUUCAGAUCACUGAAAAGCAGAGAGGUGGCCAGAGGUGGCCGCCCAAAGAAAGCUCGCGUGGCUCGGACUCGCUCCGACUUCCUGACCCGUGCCUGUAGCACUGAGGCUGAUUCGGAUGAUGAGGAUGAUGAUGAUUACGAGUACACCCCUGUGCUCUCUCACACACUGCCCCUCCCAGAGCCUCCAGGCUCUCCCACUGCUGACCAGGCCUUCCACAGCGACUCAGAGAUGCCCUCUCAGAAAGAACAGAAGCGUCUGCAGAAGACUAUGUCCUCAGGAGAUCUGUGCAAAGUGGACUCGUUAAGGAAGUCCUCAUCACAUACAGACAGCAGCAGGGUCAGGGGUAAGAUGCGCUUCUGGGGAAAGGGAAAGCAUAGUGAUAAGAUGUCCACCAGUGGGCGCUCAGCAGAUGGAGAUCUCAAACCCAAUGACUCCCCCUCUGGCAGUCCGGAGCGGAGUAGAGCGCAAGAUCGUGUUCGGGAUAGCAAGGAGAACAGAGAGCCAGAAACAAGGAUCAUGACGAUGAGGAGGAGGCGCAGUUUAAAGAUCAGCAGCAUAACACAAGAGCCCACUGCAUGGCAGAACGAUUCUCUCCAUAUCCUCUCCUGCACAGCUGACUAUCGUAGCAUGAAUGACUUCCUCAUGAAGAAGAUAAAUGAUCUGGAGACAGAAGACAGUAAGAAGGACACUCCUGUGGAUGUGGUGUUUAAGAAGGCUCUGAAAGAAUUCCGCCUCAAUAUCUUCAACUCCUACUCCACUGCCCUUGCUAUGGAUGAUGGUAGAAGUAUCAGGUAUAAGGACCUGUAUGCACUCUUUGAGCACAUUCUGGAGAAGAGCAUGCGUCUGGAGCAGAGAGACUGGUCUGAGUCACCUGUCAAAGUUUGGGUUAACACCUUCAAAGUCUUCCUAGAUGAGUUUAUGACCGAAUACAAGCCCAUGGAUAGCACCCUCGGCAAGGCUCCUAAACCAGAGCGCAAAAAGAGAAGGAAAAAGGAGACAGACAUUGUGGAGGAGCACAUGGGUCACAUAUUUAAGUCCACUCAGUACAGCAUCCCCACGUACUGCGAGUACUGUUCUUCUCUCAUUUGGAUGAUGGACAGGGCAUGUGUCUGCAAAUUAUGUCGGUAUGCAUGUCACAGGAAAUGCUGCUUGAGGAUGACCACAAAAUGUAGCAAAAAGUUUGAUCCAGAACAAUCUUCAAGGCAGUUUGGUGUGGAGCUCUCUCGGUUAACCAACGAUGAGAGAGCUGUGCCUCUGGUGGUGGAGAAGUUAAUCAACUACAUAGAGAUGCAUGGUCUCUACACAGAAGGCAUCUACAGGAAAUCUGGCUCUACCAAUAAAAUCAAAGAGCUGAAGAUGGGGCUGGACACAGAUUCAAACAGCGUGAAUCUGGAUGACUAUAACAUCCAUGUCAUUGCCAGCGUACUGAAGCAGUGGCUGAGGGAUCUGCCCAACCCUCUGCUGACGUUUGAACUAUAUGAGGAGUUCCUAAGGGCAACAGGUUUGCAGGACAAGAGAGAAGUAGUGAAAGGGGUUUACACAGUAAUCGAUCAGCUCAGCAGGACUCACCUCUGCACCCUGGAGAGGCUCAUCUUCCACCUCGUCAGGAUCUCACUGCAAGAGGAGACUAACCGGAUGUCUGCUAAUGCUUUAGCGAUUGUGUUUGCUCCUUGUAUUCUACGAUGUCCUGACAGCAUAGACCCUCUGCAGAGUGUGCAAGACAUUAGCAAGACCACUGCCUGUGUGGAGCUAAUCAUCUGUGAACAGAUGAACAAGUACAAGGCCAGACUGAAGGACAUCAACACGCUGGAGUUUGCGGAGAGCAAAGCCAAGAGCCGACUCACACACAUUAAGAGAUCUAUGAAACCAGUACUAAUUGCUGUUAGGUUUAUGAGCAUAACCCGAACUGCCACCCCGCCAAGUGCAGUUAAAAAGGGUAAAGGCAGGUUGCGCAGAAGCAGCCACCACACCCCUUCACCACCCAUGAGCCCACGGUCUCCUUUGGUCACUGAGGGGGAGGGUCCAGAUGAUGAGGGGGUGGAGUCAGGCCUGAGUGAACAGCAACAGGCAGCAAUGCAGCAAGAAGAGAAAGUGCUCACUCGGCAAAUAGAGAACCUACAGAAAGAGAAGGAGGAGCUGACAUAUGAGAUGUUGGCUCUGGAGCCACGUGCAUCUGAUGAUGAGAUGCUUGAGUCUGAAGCUUCUAUAGGAACAGCCGACAGCUCAGAGAACUUAAUGGCAGAGCAGGAAGGAGCAACGUCUGAGGCCUGGGAGAAAAACUGUUCCACAAUCCGCUCUAGGAAAUCAGAAUCCAAAAGCAGACGUGCUUUACGCCGCCAGCCCGAGUCUCUGGACUCAGUCGACUCUGCUGUGGCCUCUCUCUCCUCCACCUCUUCUGCUCCUCACUACCGCUUCCGCUCUUCCUCCUCUGGCCCUCUCUUUUCCUCGCCUUCAGGGGGCGACCACCAUCUCCUCCCGGAGCAGGAGGAAUCAGAGAGGCCCAUGCUGACCACUCGAUGCGCCUCCAGCUCAGAGAAGAUCCGGCCAAGGAGCAGAGGGAACCGGAGCUGCCCACCCAAGCCCCGCGAAUCCGGGGAAGGAAGUGGCCGGCGCAGAGAAACUGAAUUUGGUUCAGUGCAGCCGCUGGUGCUGUAUGGUAAUAAUGAAUUUAUGGUGUGAGGAAGAGAGGCAGUAACCUACAAAGCUGAAGCUGGUAUUCAGAGCCCUGUUAAAUUGAAAACCUCUCUCUUGUGACAAAUCACAUUGGCUGAGAGUGGAAAAGAGUGCAAGAGAAGUAAUUCAGGGGAAGAGUGCUUUGAAUAAAGACUGUGAGAGAGACUGAAAAAGCUUGCGGCCCCUAGACAGCAGACACAUAUUAAGGUCAGAUGUCAGCUAGGGAUGACAGUGAGUGGAGGAAGAAGAGCAGAAUGGAGCAUGAGGUAUGCUGGAAGUAAGCCUGCCAAAGCAAAACCACCCACAUCUAUGUGAUCCACCCUGCUGUAGAGAGGACCUGCUGGACUGGUCCUUUUCACACUGCUUAACUUUUAGCUGUCCAUACUCAUGUUUACAAAACUGAGCCAAUUAGAAGUCAUCUGACUUCGACAGACUGCACAGUGCUUUGCGACCACUUUUUUCUUCACAGUACUGAGAUGUCAGUGUUUCAGGCAUCGCUAAUGUGCUAAAUAUGUAUGAUAAUAUUGUAUUAUUCAGAGGGAAAAAAACAUUGUACAUAAAAAUGCAGUGCUGCUGGAUGGUCCAUGUGAAAAGCGUUUACUUGUCUGAAAUUUUUUGCAAAUUACAAUGGUAUGUAUGUUUUUUUAUGUGUUUUUGUGCCAUUGUUGUCUUGUAAGCGUGUUUCCUUUUUUUUUUUUUUUUUUUUUGCUUUUGAAGAAAAAUAUCAUUAGAGGAUGAAGGGAUAGACAACAGAGAGGUGUGACAUGCAAGCAGAACAGCCAUAAUGUAGCUUUUCCAUUCAUAGCCAUAUUCACAUUUUAAUACGUCCAGUUGAGAACUUGCCUUCUCUAUGUUUCUUCCUUUUCUUUGUUGAAAUGCUGGAAUACAUUAGUGUUUGUGUAACCAAAUCAGGACUUGAAAUAUUUGUUCCAUCUUAUUUUUUAUGUUUUGGUUGUUUAAAUACUGUUCGUAAUAUAUUGUUCUGGUGUGCUAUGACUUAUAUGUAUUACUUUUUCUGUGAACCAUUUUUAGUUCCAACAGUAUGAUGUUUUUAUUCAGGCCAUCUGUAACCACUGCUCGUCUCUGAGCUGCAGACAUUUAAUCAAAGUCCUCUUUAAAAAAAAUUCUUAUUUCCCAGGAACAUAGGCAUAGCAUUUAGUUUCAACACUAGUAAAAAAUAAAAUGGAAACACAUGCCAGAAUCUCAUUAAUCCAGAGUAAUCAUGUACUUAUAUACAAGCACACGUUGUGGCAGUCAGUCCAGUAUAUAUACUAUAGUACCUUAAAUAAGUGAAAACCCAGAAAAGGGUUCAAAUGAAGUUGUUCACUUCUUGCUACUGUUACAAUAGCUGUUACAAUUAAAUCACAUAUUCUACCAGUCAGUAUAUUGUAUAAACAUUCAUUAUGGUGUAAUCUGUCAAGCAACAUGCAGCUACAUUCUUCUGUGUCUUGAACAUGGUAUGAUAACAUGCAGCUUUUCCUGCCUUUUUCGUGCAGCUUUUGAAAGACGAAGUCUUAGCAUAAGAUCUUCCCAUUUUGUGACACUAUGGAUGAACUAGUUAGUCAGUUAUUCAGUGUCUCUUCAUCUGAAUGCCAGGUCUGUAUGAGCAGCUCUGCCUGUUCCAUCUUUACAGCUCCAGAAACAUUAGACAGCACACACACACAUCUGAGCACAAAAACAAGAAAAGAAAAAAAACAAUGGCAUCCAUGUGCAUCAUGUGUUGUAUCCCUCAUAAGUGAAUGUACUGAUCACUGGAAGGCAUGCUUCACGCUGUUCUUCACUUCUUUCUUUGACAUCUGUAGACUUAAAAACGUGUAGGAAGAGUGUAGGUCAAAAAACACUGAAAGGAUAUAUUAUCCUGUUUGUGAUGCUAAAUGUUGAAUGAUCCAUUUUGUGUUUUGACAUAUUAGAUACAGUCUGAAGGAACCAGCUUGUGCAUUGAUUUUUUUUUUUUUUUUUCUGAACUAUUAUUAUUAUUAUUUGUGUGCUCUUAUGGGCACAGUUUGCCUGUGGUGCAUAUAUUUCUUUAAUUACAAAUCUGGAUGUGGAUGUAAAAAUAUAAUGAGCAUCCUCUUAUUAAAAGACUAACUGAAACGUG